AUGGAUGGUCGGCCCAGUCGGCGCUGCGGUCUAGACGAGGCCACGUGCGGGGACGGCACCUGCAUCAACGCGGACUACAUCUGCGAUGGGCGACAGGACUGUCCGGAUGGCUCCGACGAGAACAGAUGCAGCACUCGCGACGAGUGUGAGCCGAACGAGAUGCAGUGCGAUAACCGCAUCUGCGUGAUGAAGCAUUGGAACUGUGGCGGCCCGCCGCCAGGCUCUGACUGCUCGGCCAGCGAGUUCCAGUGCGUCGACAGCAGCGGCGCGGCCCGGCAGCAGUGCGUGCCGCGCACGUUCCAGUGUGACGGUCGCGCCGACUGCCAGGACGGCAGCGACGAGUUCGGCUGCGCGAGCCCGGUGAUCGUUGAGCAGCCGCCAUCAGUAGUGGUCAUCAGCAUCGGUGACGUGUUCAUCAUCAAGUGUCGCGCCGUGGGGAAGCCCACGCCGGAGAUCACCUGGCGACGAAACUGGAACCAUGUGCCCUCAAAGUGUCGCCAAGAGAGCCGAGACGGUCGGGGCACACUGACCUGCCCGGACGCGUCGGCGGCCGACCAAGGCGCCUACUCGUGCGAGGCCAUCAACACUCGCGGCGUGGUGUUCGCCAUACCAGACACCAACGUGGUGGUGACCAACGGCGGCCUCUGCCAGCCGCCUCAGUUCAACAAUGCUGCUCUCACCAACGACGACUGCCAGAACUGUUUCUGCUUCGGCGCUACAAGCACCUGCUACAGCUCGUCCCUCAAUGCGUUCACGCGGCAGGACCUGAGCGCCAGGGACGUCAGGCUGGUAUCAUCUCCGGCCAGGGGGCGUCUCCCUGGGGACGUUGCAGCGGCCUCGUCCGCUCCGUACUCCGGCCCGCAAGGGGAGAUUUUGGCACGUUUACCAAAUCGCUUUGAUGAUCACUUCUUCGAGUUAGCCGGCGCAUUCGGAGGAAAUCAGCUCACCAGCUACGGCGGCUACAUCCGCUUCCGGCUCAGCGCCCAGCUGCCGGCGCAGCCUGGCGCGGCGCUCAUCAUCAAGGGCAACGACGUGACCCUGUUGCACCGGCCCAGUGCACCAGCGAGCGACAACUACGCCAUCCAGCUCACCGAGGGCAAGCUGGACACGGUUGAUGUCCGCGGUAACAUCGUCGUGGCCGACAGAGCUUCCAUCAUGAUGGCGCUGCAGAACAUUCGACAGCGUCCUGAUCCCCGCUACCUCUGCUGACGACCCCGU